AUGCCACCACCGUUAAAGUCGUCCGUCGUCGAUAAUAUCUACGCCGAAAGCCGUCCUUCAUCCCUGCCGAUCCGCCUCCCCCACCGCCAGAUUGGAUCAAAUAUGUUAAUCAAGCUUGAAGCUGGAUUAAGCCAAAGAAGAGGGGAGCCAGUUGAUUUUCAAUCCUGUUCAAACACAGAGCACUAUGAGAUUUACAAGAUAAUCAAAUCUCUGGAGGAAACCGGUCUUCAGAACUUCCUAGACGACAAACAUACCAUCUAUCCUGAAUCUAUUCUGGAGUUCUUCUAUCACGCCAGGGUGUUUAGAGGCUCCCCCCACUUUGAAACUCACAUUCAAUCUAAAGUGGGAGGUAUUGUCUUUGAUUUCACCGAAAGGGACUUUGCGCGGUGCUUUAGCCUGCCAAAGCACGGGAUAACGGACCUAGAAGUUUCAGCCGACAUAAAAGCCGAGAUAUCCAUCGCCUUCGCACGAUCUGACGAACCGGUUGAAGAUCAUGGUACAAAAUCACGCCUAAGGGCUGAAUAUCAGCUCCUCAAUGAUGUGAUUGGUGGCCGAAAGAAGAAAGCCGACAAGAAAGCGGCCCCAGCCAAAGCAAAGGCUGAAAGUAAAAGAAAGGAGACAGUAACUUUCUCGGAACCGCCGCAGCAAACCGAGGAUGAGGAGUCGGCUUCCUUCUCUGAGAGAACCGACACGGAGAAGACCGAGGAUGAUAGAUCGGUCAAUGAAGACGACCAUUCGGCCCACAGCCCCAAUGAUGUCGGACCUAACACCAACCCUGAGACCACCGAGGGUGGAAAAGAGGGUGGAGAAGAGGGCGUCAAAAAGCGAGCCGAGACAAUUGAAGAAUUAUACCUGGAAUGGCACGACCACCGGUACGGCACACCGUAUAGAGAAAUCCUACCGGGCCACACAGACGUGGAGUGCAUCCAAAGAUUGGAGGAGGUGGAAGACUUGAUCAUGAACCUUACAAACUCCAACACACUUCAAAAGGUACAACACCGAACCUGCCUCUUAAAACCGAAGGUCCAACUACGGAAGCUAACAACACGCAUCCGGAAAAUUACGGAGGAGCUCAAAACGGUCGGACCGGAAGACACCUUAGCACCGCGGGUGUUAGAAAGGCUUGAAAAAGCCAAAGGGGAACUUACUCAAGAAAUCGAACGGCUAGAGGCAAUAUGCAGCCGAAUGAAAAUACCGGUUUAUACUGCUCCCCGGAUCGAUACGUCUCCGGAUCACUGUCCAACACCUCCAAGGGAGAAUGCGGCAUCCAAAGAUUCCGAUGAAAGAGCCGAUCCCAAUCUCACUGGGCAAUCACCUCCUCCACAACCGGAAGUCUCCGCAUCAGACUUCACAAAGGAGUGGGUUGAGGGCCAUCUCCAAAGGCUUGAAGACUCAACCGCAAAACGGAUUGAUAACCGCAUUCAAGAGUUUGAAGACUCUGCGGUUCAGCCAUUCAAGGAUAGAGUCCAAAGAAUCACUGGCUCGGCACUCAAGUUCGCCGACACCACAUGGUUUCUCUUGAAUUCCAAUCGGGACCGAAUCUCAGAAGUCGACGAAGAUCUGCAGGAAGAGGCGGCUCUGCGCGGUAAAUAUGUCAAGCGAACCGAAAUUUUGGAGGAUUUGACCUCCGAGUUAAAGGGAGACUUCGACCGGCUUGAAAGAGAGACCGAUCAACGGUUGACAUCGAUGAGUGAUGACCUGGUGGGCACAACACUCGAUCGAGUCUCCGAACUCGAGAAGAAAAAUGUGGAUCUCGUGGCCGAACUGAAGGCGCUUUCCGAACAAGUUGCCGAAAUGCUAAGGGUAAAGGAUGCGCUGGACGCCGAAAUAAGUAAAGAGAAGGAGGCACCGCGUUCUUCUCAACUUACCGAGAAGGAAGCGGAAGCCGAAAGGAUUAAAAGGGCAGAGGCCAUUUUCCCAGGACUUACUAAGAAAGCAGCCGCUCAAGCAGCGGAGGAUGCUGAGCGGUUGGAAAGGAGGAACAAGACACUGAAGGAAGUAGCGAGAUUUAUGCUAGCUGACUCAGGUGUCUCUCAAAGACUUUGGGCAGAAGCUAUAAACACAGCAUCUGAAGCAGAUAAUGAUCAACUGUCUUCUUCUUCGACCGAAGAGCAGGCGUCCAUGGUCGUUGUGAAGAUCUCAUCAGACGAGGAGACAUCUGAAGAGAAGUCAUCCUCCCACAAGUCCAAACAUUCCUCUUCUUCAUCAUACAAGAAGUCUCUUCCUAAUAAAACCCUCAACUCUAUAGAUAUAUCAGAAUUUAUCAAGGAUUUGUGCGACGAAAUCGAAGGAACAGGCGGUGAAUCUCGGGAAAUGGUCAAUGUACCUCGAGUCUCAUCUCCUGAUAAAGAACUUGAGCGAUCAAAAUGGUCCCUAGAAAUGUUGUAA